AUGUCGGCACCACGCGUUGCUCGAGGUAGUGACCGAGGUCGAGGCGGACGCGGCACUAGCACUCCCACCCGUGGCGCGAGCUGGCGAGGCAGAGGCAAUGGCUCUACUGCGCAAAACAGCGCCGAGCGCCCUGCGCAACCCGUCUACACGCCCCGGGCACCUGCAGCACAGCGCGGACACAGUGGUGGACCACAUCGGGGCAGCGCCAGCCAGCGCGGUUCCCAAAGUGCGCGUGGAAACACUCGGGGACGAGGCGGCAAUCGUGCGCCCAACACGACACCACAUGCGCAGUCCGACUACAAGAAGCGACUCCAUCAUAUUAAAGAGGCGCGACCAGCUAUACGCGAGCGAUUCAUACGAGACGGUCUCAUGAACCCAGAGGGCCAGAUGCGCCUCAGCGACUCGGUCAAACUCAUUGGCAUCUGCACCGACAUGUGCCCGGAAUACGAGCGCGUACGCCGCAUCGUAGAGAACGACGUCAAGCCACCAGAAUGUACACCCGAGACCGAACAUCUCUCGCGCGCCGACCGAAUACCAGACGAGUCGCGAAUGGUCAAGGCAUAUGCACGCUCUGCAGCGGGCAUGGACGUUGAGCUGGUCUCGGAGAUCCGCUCUCCCGCCACCUGUCUGAAAACCAUCCAAUACCUCUUUCAGCGGCUAGACAAUGACGACUUUCAAUAUCUCCAGAACUGGAUCUGGGAUCGCACGCGAGCCGUCCGCAAAGACCUCCGUACCCAGCGCAUUGAGAAGCGCCCCGACAUCAACAUACUCCUUACAUGUCUCGAGCAGACCGCCCGCUUCCACUUGGUCUCCAUGCAUCACAUGGCCCGUAGCACCAAAGACGACUACUCCCAUCAACAAGAUCUAGAGCAGCUUAAUCAGACUUUGAUGUCUUUGCGCGAACGUUAUACUGACAACCGACGUGCUAGUAUACCCUCAGAAAAUGAAGCAGAGUUCUAUGCAUAUCGACUCAUUCUCGCGCCGCAGUACGCGAACAAUCAACUCGAGACCGAACUACACAACCUACCCAGUGACCUGCGACAUAACAGUCGAGUACAGAUCGCCAUCGAGAUAUUCCAGUUGCUCAAAUCCGUCAUUAUUACGCGGAGCAAUUCCUUCGUUCAGUGCCAAGGGAACUGGAAGAACUUGUGGGAAUUAGUUAAAUCUCCAAGGGUGUCCUACCUUAUGGCUUGUGCAGCCGAGGUCUCUUUCAACCGCGUGCGACAUGUUGUGCUAGACAGCAUCUGGCGCGCCUAUCGAAAGGGCAACUCUCAGCGGACCGUAGUAGUGGAGGACUGGACGACCGAUAAGCUGAAAGAUGUGCUGGGCCUGGACACCGAUAAAGAGGCUGUCAAGCUAUGCGAAGACUUUGGCUUUGUCUUCGCUCUGAAUUCCUUCGGACAGACAUUCCUAGAUAUCACCAAGAUGGGUUACUCGCACCACGUCCUUCAACCUCCCGCCGGACUCAAACCGCAAUCCUUUUCCGCGCAGCUUGUCGAGUCUAAGCGACAUGAUCGAGCUUUUUCGGCGGUCAUCCAAGGCCUUUCAGUGCAGCAUGCGAAAACGAACGGACUUUUAAUGGAUGCACAAUCAGGCAUGCAAGUCGAGGAAGAGAUGGAGAACGAGAAUUCCUUAUUCAUCCCAGAAUUCUCGACCGCCAACACGAACGCCUCCAGCCAGCAGGCUAUCGGCAUAGGCACUGCUGCAGGAAGUUCAGACACAACACCACUAAACCCAAUUGCAUCUUCCUUUCAGCCUGGGGGCACUCCUACUGUAGCAACAAACCCGUUUUUGAAGGCUGCAUCACAGUUACAGCCAAACCAAGCCUCACCAGGACUCAGAUCUGGCGUCUUCGAUGCAUCGAGAAAUUCCAUCCACUUUGCGCCACUCGUCGGUGCAGCCAACAAUGUCCUCUCAACACCUACGAAUCCAUUCUUGAACGGAGCAAGUGCACCUCCAACCCCGCAAUCUAAUCCGUUCGCAAGAUUUGCGGCCCAGACGUCAGAACAGCCUGCUAUUACAGCGACCCCCCAAGCAGCUAACUCCCUUGCAUUUUCUGGGCGGAGUCCCGACACGACUACACCUCAAGGCGGCAUGCAGCCCACUGUGUCCUUCACCUCUGCAGGACCCCCGCCUCAGGCCUCUACAGCCUCACAAGAUGCAGAAAGACAGAAGGCAGCACAGGAGCAGCGGGAAGCAUUCGAGAAGCAACAGCAAGAGGAGGAAGCGCAUCGACGUGCGCAGGAAGCACAACGAGCCCGUACGGCGAAUGAGGCGGAACAGCGCCAGAGGCAGGCGGAAGCAGAGGCAGAACAGCAGCGACAACAACAGCUACAGCUGGACCGACAGCGACAGGCGAAAGAAGAACAGGAUCGGCUGGUUCGAGAGACGCAGCAACGUCAGGCACAGGAAGAGGAAGCACGCAGAGCUCGGGUGCGCGAACGGGAGUCCUCAUUGCAUGCGCUCACAGCGGAUAUUAUGUUCGACUCAGAGCAGGGACUAAUGAUGCAAUUUAUCGAAAAUGCGGCCCUGAACAUUGCACAGCAGGCUAUGGUGGAUGAGGAGUGGAAGAAGAAGAAAGCAUUGGCGAACGAAAUGUACAGACACAAUCAGUUGAUGCUCAAGCGGGCGGGCUUAGCUAAAAUAAUCGCAUGGGUAGAGAAAAAGAAGCGGACCGAACAGGUUCGAGAGAGGCGAAAACGACUAAAGGCACAGCGGGCUCAGAUGGCGAAUAUGGAAGAAGGAACACCAGGUGAUCUACCCCCACAAACAGAUGUGGUGGCAACAGACAACCGACCCAAUGGCCACGCGCCUCCCCAACGACCUUCUGCACCGGCAAAUGCUCGACGGGCAAGACGUACAGAGGAACGUCGUGCGGGACAGAUGUCCCAGCAAAAUAGUGUUUCUGGAAAUACCGCUAGCCCGACGGGUGCAACGCAAACCGCGGCAGGACAGCCUGCUAUUACUCCAGCCAGAAUAACCAAUGGUAACACCUCGGUUGUUGGCUACUCCCAAGCGUAUCAUCAAUCGACUGCGCCUAUCGAUAGGACAGAGACAGACUGGUUCAAGUUGCGGGCGAUGGGCAUCGAUCCAAGCAAACACCGCAAGCGGAGUUUCGACUCGACUUCAGAUGAAGGGGAAGAGGCUAAGGUUGAACUAAAGCGUCCAAAGCUGUCGCCUCCCACGAAUAAUAAUCGCGAGCUGCCUCCGCCAACUACAGCCGGUGAUCAGUUGGCUCGGUUCCGCGCAAUUCAGCAGGCAUUCAGAAAAUCUGGGGCGUCUCCGCCUCCGGCAAUGAGCGGUGCGACGCUAAUCAAUGGGCGAUCUUCACAUAACGGAUCAUCGAGUAACCUCAUCGCGAAGACUCGCGAGCUCGUGGCAAAUACGCCUACGCCGAAGUCCGCGGCGUCACAUUUUCAGCACGUCAAUGGCGCAAUAUCGACAAAUGGGCGUUCUUCGUUCAACGGAAAUUCUAGCCUUCUCAUCGCGAAAGCUCGAGAGCUUGUAGCGAAGCCACCAAUGCCUCAGACUCAGCCGCCAGGUUUACAGCAUGACUGGGGCAGGAGUGUUCCCAACCUUGGACUCUCCACGUCUUCGAACACCCAGUCUGCAUUCUGCAAUAGCACUUAUGCCACAAAUACCAACCAUCGCCCGGCAUACUGGGGACGCGCCAGUCGUUUUGUGCCCCGACAUCUGUAUGGCAAAGGCCCCGAGGCGAUUCGUGCUUACAACGAUCAAUAUGUCAAGAAGUCGCCUUCCAACAGCACACGACCGGUCAGCACCGAGCCUUCAGCAACACCCUCCCCUGCCCCAAUGCAGGGGUUCGAUAUCCCGCAGCAGGAAUAUACACUGGAGGGAUAUACCGAUCAGCAGUACAGCGAGGAACAAAGCAUAGUUAACGGCGCUGAGGUGCUCGAUGUGAGCGCCGAACACGAGGAUGCUAUCAUGACUGAAGAAGAGGAGGAAGUCAAUGAGCAGCAGUAUGGUGACUAUGAUACCAAUGGUUCUACGCCACAUCUAGGCCAACACCAUUCGCAGCCACAGUAUCAGGACGAAGAUUCGGAAAUGGCGGAUACAGAAGAGGAGGAAGAGGACAUCGCGCUUGUACAAAAUGGAGAAGGCCAUGUGCAUAGCCAAGAUGAGGUGUACGAAGACUACGACGAGGACACUGGAGAGGAGGAGGAGGAAGAAGAGGAAGAAGAUGAUGACGAUGACGAAGAAGAGGAUGAGCAAGUGGGCAACUCGCAGCAACACGUCGCCAAGCCUACAACACCACGAUUCGGCCACCCUACUACCCAACAUUCCGCCAAGCCGGUACCGCAGCAAGCGCAGCAAGCCCAACAACCCGGCACAACAGAAGACGACGCUAUUGAGCUCUCAGAUUAA